CGCCCGACCAGGAAGUGAAAAUUGCGGGAAAAUCGGGACUUUUCCUUCAGGAAAACUGAUCAGUUUAACGCGCGAUCUCUAACGGUCCGAACUUGACUUUGUCGAACAUCGAAUACAUUUUCCGUUCGCGAAAUAAACUGUGAUUUAUUUGUUUGAAAUUGAAAAUAGUAACUUUUUCUGGGUGAUUUGUGUACUUAUGUGACUGCUUUUUUUGUAAAUUUCAUUUGAUAAUUUAACUUAUGACAUAAAAUGAGUGCUACCUCACCUAAACUAUCUCUGGCCAAAUUAGGAUUAUAUCCCAGACCGAAAACUUUGAAAGUCAUGAUUUUGGGACAGGCUGGCGUUGGAAAAUCGGCAAUGGUUGUCAGAUUCAUCACACGAAGAUACAUUGGCGAAUACGAUCCAACCUUGGAAAAAAUCUACUCCUUUCACACUGUUAUCGACAACGAGAUGGUGUAUUUCGACAUCCUGGAUACAGCUGGUCAACCGCCAGAAAACGACUGCUUAGGCCUAGAAGCCAACAUCCGAUGGGCCGAAGCCUUCAUUCUUAUGUAUUCAGUAACAGACAAAUGUUCCUUCGACGAGUGCUACAGGUUCAAGUUUCUUAUAAAUUACAAUAAAAGAAAAAAACGUAUAGGGAAUAGCAACAAAGAUUACCUCAACGACGUUCCUGUCGUUUUAGUAGGAAACAAAAUCGACCAAGUAGAAGAUAGAAUGGUAUCUCUAGAAGACGGACAAAAGCGUAGCAAGGAAAUAGGUUGUGUUUGUUUCUAUGAAAUUUCCGUUAGAGAGAGCAUUGAACAGGUUUGGAAUGUUUUUCGAGAUACUUGUCGAUUUUGGAGAGUUCUAAGCAAAAACCCUAAAGUGCGACGUUCGGCAAGCGACAAAGAAGCCGAAAGUCCUGCCGAUAGCACUCGUCUUUUAUGUUCCAAUGCAGUUUCACCCAGCAGUCUGGGUAAUUCUCAAACAACUGGAAUAUUAGGUCGUCGAUGGACUGACGAAGAACUUGAAGAAGAGAACGAAUCUGAACCGAGAGGCAGCACCACAUCUAGUUCGAGUGAAUCGACACCGUUUAGAGAAAGGGCCUCUACAGAUGGACAUUUACAACAAAAACCUUGGAGAUGGAGGUAUAGGCCUGGCAGUUCAAAUUCGACCGAUACUCCAGCAUUUUUCAAAACUGACAGACGCAUGAGUAUAUCGAUGAGAGGAAGUAAUGCAAGCUAUUGAGAUAGAAAUGGCAAUUGUUCUGUGUUUAAAUAAAAAAAAACUUCCACUCUCUAUAGUGGCUUUAUUAAAAACUGUAAAAUAAUAUGUAUUUAUUGAAUAAAUGUUGGUAACAAACAAUGUAAGGUAAAUUACCUUAAAAAUAUGGGGAAAUAAUACUGCGUUUUUAAAUGUAUAAAAUGUCUAUCUUAUACCUAAAUAUAAAUAGGUUUUUUGUGCUUUAUAAAGAAAAACCUUUUGGGUUUAUUUAACUUCAACACUAUUAUGCGAAUCUUUAUGGUAGAGCAAGAAAACUCGACAGUUACAAUUACACCCUUGGGGGUGAAGACUUAAGGAUCUUUGCUUGCUCUACUAUAAUGGAUUUCUAGAUGGUUAAGCAUUCGUUUAAAUUGUAAUACUUAAGUGUUAAAUUUUUUAAAAGAAAUAUUAUUCACAGGGUGUUCAAUUAAAAAAUACAUAUUUGUAAUAUAAAUUGACCAUAUUUGCUGUGAUGUUGCUAUAUUGCUAUCGGUGUUCAAUAUUUUCGAAAAAAUCAACAUAUAAGUGUUUUAUAAUAUUCAAAACAAAGUAUUUUUAAAAUACCUAGAAGUUAAAUUUUUCUUGGACUAACUUAAUGGCCUAAUAUAUUAAAAAUUAUACAUAAUACGAAAAUGUUCUACCUAUUAUUGUGACAUUCCUUGUAGGUACUCACCUACCCAAGACGUUAUUUUAAAUUAUAGGUGUAUAAGUGGCAUAUUAAUGUUUAAUAAAAAGUAAAAUAUAAUAA